UCAAAAAUGUACGACCAACAGGAAGAUGAUCGCGGUUAUUUGGUGUACGCCAAUCGCUACAAUGGCCAGCUGCAGUCCGAUAAUCCCAAUCUGACCUACGUGGUGAGCAAGAUCAAUGAAAAGUUCUCGGCUUCGAAGUACAGUACCUACAGGUGCGCCUGCAAGUUGUUCGCACUUCAAAGGGCUCUAUACACAUGUUACAUCCCAUUUCAAACAGUAUGCACCAUUCUAGAGCGUCAUCGGUUCAAUCAGAUAGAUAGCGCUCCCUCGAUCAAACCGAUUCAACUAACGGCAGUACUACAUGAUGUAUACUUUGCCGCAGAACAACUCGGUUGUUUUGCCGAUCUUGCACAACAGCCGGAUCGCGAAGCAUUGAUCGCCACACUGGCAGGUCUGUUCUGGGCCGUCUAUGACCCAAAACGCUGCAAUCCAUUAUCGAUCCUCGAACUGAAGCAGACCUUCCUUUUAUUGUGUGAGUCUCCCAAUUUUGAACAAGUCGUUUGGGAACACUUCCAGUUGACCAGCGAUCACAAUCUUUGCGUUUCGCGGCACCGUUUCGAGGCCAUGCUCAUGAACUUGGCCAAACUGUUGUCGUUUCUGGGAGAACCUGACCAUUUGAAGCCGAAGCUGGUGCAGGAGAUCGUGAACGAAUGCUUCGUGAACUACCCAGGGUUGGUCGGCUUGACGGAGUACCAGUUCAGUUGUCUGUGGAAGCUGUCGUCGAAGUUUUCGUAUUACUCGAAUGUGUUGGCCUUGGCGAAGAGGCUCAAGGAUUCCGAAUUCGUAGUGCACAACGUGCAGUGUGCCGCCUGUCGCGAGCCAAUUCAAGGACUCCGAUUCAAAUGUCAGAAAUGCCGAAAUUUGUCCUUGUGUAUCGAUUGUUUCAGCCAGGCUUUCACCAGUAAGAGUCACAACGUCGGGCAUAAAAUGUAUGAGAUUAGCGCGAACGAAGUGUCUACGAAUAAAAUAUCAACGUUGAUGCUGAAGUUAUGCAAUCUAUUCAGUAGAUCUUCGAAUACUCAAACCCAAUGCCAGCAACCGUCUACCUUCGAUAACAUGGAAGCUAAACUGAUCGAUACGAAUGCUGUAGAACUACAGGAUGUAGAACAACCACCGGCUGCCAGUAGUACCCUGCGAGGAACGCUGUCGCGUUCAUUGAACUCGUCUAGUUGUGCAUCACUUAGAAAGUCCUCGAACAAAAAUAUCAGCAUUUUCAGCAAUAUCGACUGCCAGUUGUUCACCAGUACACAGAGCCAAGCGUUGGUGGAGAAACUAUCGUCGGUUAUGGAAAUCCUGGAGGAAGACAGCGAAAAGUAUCGACUGAAGUUGGCAAAUUUGAAAGUUAAUGCUACGGUGGACAAGGAGCAGAUCGAUUAUUUUGAGGCGCAUGGUAAAUUGCUGUCCGAGCAGCUGAAGACACUGAAGGAGGUGUGCGCGAAGGUGAGCCGUGGAUUUCCGCAAAGUUCCAGUACGCCAUAUCGAUCGAGCAGUAACGGCAGCACCAAACGUUUGUCGUUGAUGGCGGCAAGUGCCUUGGAGAAGACCAUACAUGGAGCCGAACUGAAUAAAUCUUACGUGAACGAUCAACUACAACCGGAACUCUCCGUCCGGGAUAUUAGUUCAUGGUUUCACCUCAAUAAACCGUCCGAAACCAUACUGGAACAGAUGGAAGCCGAUGCAGCAUCGAAGGCGAGCGCCAACCCAGUGGCCGUUGUCGAUGAGCUAACCCGCCGUAUCGAUAAUCUCAAAAUCGACACCCAGAUGGCAAACUUCAAGGAUCUUUUACUGAAAGUUCGUGAAAUAGUGGACGAUUCGUAUAGCGACAAUACGGAACUCGCCAGAACUACGCAACAAUUGGAAAAGGCUCUGGAUCGCAUUAUAGCGGAGGAAGAACGUAAACGACUGCAGAGCAUUUGAUCGACCCUUGAACAUCACACGUUAAAGGAGUUCUUCCAUUUCCAUUUAUUUUAUAUAAAUACAGAUGACGAUUUUCAUAUCGAUAUUAAGAUAUACAUUAAGGAAAAGAGUAAAAUUUCAA